UUCAAAACAUUUGAGAUGAACGGAUCUUGUUUGGAAUUCAAUAACCCGAUCCGGGACGCGAUUUCUAGGAUCCGAUUCGCGCCGCUGUCCAACAACCUCCUCGUUUCUUCUUGGGACUCCAUUCUUCGAUUCUACGAUGUGGAGUGUUCUCGGCUCAGAUUAGAAGCUCCGUCCGAGGCUGCGCUUCUCGACUGUUGUUUCCAGGAGGAAUCUGUCGCAUUCAGCGCUGGAUCUGAUGGCUCUAUCACAAGGUAUGACUUGCAUUCAGGAAUCAGCAAUAGAAUCGGAAAUCAUGAUGAAAUAGCAACAUGUGUAGAAUAUUCUAAUGAAACACGUCAAGUGAUUACUGCAGGUUUUGAUAAGAAGAUCAUAGCUUGGGACAUGUGUGGAGCAAAACCCCUUGCAUUCUUCGGAAAUCUAGGUGCAGAAGUGGAGUCCAUGUCAAUCUCUGGAUUUGAAUUAACAGUAGCUGCUGGAUCAUCAGUAGAUAUUUAUGACUUGCGUAACUUAGACAAAUCAGUUGAAUCAAAUGAAUCUUGUAUGGGUGUUCCAAUACGAUGUGUCUGCUCAAUUCCUUUUCCAAAAGGAUAUGCAGUUGGAUCAGUAGAUGGACGAGUAAAAUUAGAGAUCUCAUAUCUGUCCAGUUCAAACAACAUGGGGUAUAGCUUCCGAUGUCAUCCAAAAUCAAGAGAUAGAAGAAACCAUUUAGUACCGGUGAAUGACAUUGCAUUCAACCCAUUAAUCUCAGGUGCUUUUGUUACGGGUGAUAAUGAGGGUUAUGUCACUGGAUGGGAUGCUAAAAGUAGAAGAAGACUCUUUGAGUUGCCUAGAUGCUCAAACAGUGUUGCAUCCUUAACAUACAACCAUGAAGGACAAAUUUUGGCUGUUGCAUCAAGCUAUACUUACCAAGAGGCAACUGAAAUGUCAGUUAUUCUUCCAUUUCUUGUGCUUCUAUCUUCUAUCUUUUUCAUGCUGAAGGCUUAUUGCCAUGUUAACAAUCUUCGCAGGCUGCAUGACCUUCCACAAUCUGCCUACCGCAUGAGUUCAUUAAUUGGUGCUAAACAUGCUUUUGUCCAUAGAUUCCAGCAGUUAAGAUCGGCAAUGACUGAACAGACAUGCUUGGCAAUCACAGAAAUGAUCCACAUCUACACAAUCUUGUAUGUACAACUUUCUUCUAUCGCAUAUUCUGAAGAUGCUACACAAUCUUGUUUGUUGUUGGGCCCACAGCAGCCACGUGUAAACAUCUCAAGCUCAGCUUCCGUUACACGCAAACGUCAAAAAGCAUUCCAGAAUCAUUCGUCUCUUUUUCACUUUCACUUCUUUUCCUCUCUUCUUUUGCUCAUUUCAACUUUCCCAUUCGAAGCUCUGAUCCUUGUCUCUAUCUUUCCCCUAAGCCCUGAAAUUUCUUUUAGCGUCGCCAUGUCGGACGAGGAGCACCACUUCGAGUCGAAGGCUGACGCCGGAGCUUCGAAGACUUAUCCACAGCAGGCCGGCACCAUCCGGAAGAACGGUUACAUUGUCAUCAAAGGCCGUCCUUGCAAGGUUGUGGAAGUUUCAACUUCCAAGACAGGCAAGCACGGUCACGCGAAAUGUCACUUUGUUGGAAUUGAUAUCUUCACAGCCAAAAAGCUCGAAGAUAUCGUUCCCUCCUCUCACAAUUGUGAUGUUCCUCAUGUCAACCGUACUGAUUACCAGCUGAUUGAUAUCUCCGAGGAUGGGUUUGUGAGUCUGCUAACUGAGAAUGGUAACACUAAGGAUGAUCUUAGGCUUCCAACCGAUGAUAAUCUGCUUACGCAGAUCAAGGAUGGAUUCGCGGAGGGGAAGGAUCUGGUCGUGACUGUCAUGUCUGCAAUGGGAGAGGAGCAGAUAUGUGCUCUGAAGGACAUUGGCCCCAAAUAAAUAUGCCCCGGGCGUCCUUGAGAAUGCACAUAGCUCAAGUCCUUGAAAUUCUAAUGAAACAGAUAAAUACUAGCUUUUACUUUUUACCGAGGGGUUCUAUGUGGGUUUGGAUGGUGGGAGUUAUGUUUCAGGAACAUCUUGUUAAAGAAGUGGCCUCCAGCUAUAAAUAUGAUUUCGCCACUAUCAAUUAUCCUUCUAUGAGCAAUAUUUUUGUUAUAUUGUUCAGUGACUGUCUAAUACACGAAUUGAUUCUGUUUCCCUA